AAAAGAAAUAUUAAUAUGCUCUAUACCUAUACUUAUCUAAAAAAUUUAUGUAUUUUUUCUUUUCAGCCUAAGGCCAAGAAAACAAGAAAAUUUGCGGUAAUGAAGAAGAUGAUAAAGCCCACAGACGCUCGCUUGAAGAAAGAAGACAGGGAGAUAAAGAAAGUAAAGAAAGUCGAUCCACACGAAAGAAAAAUCGUUGAAGCGUCAAAGUAUUCAUCAGCGCUCUUUUUCCAGUACAACACACAGCUGGGUCCUCCAUACCGUAUUCUUCUCGAUACGAAUUUCAUAAACUUUGCUAUCAAGAACAAAGUUGAUCUCGUGUCGGGCAUGAUGGAUUGUCUAUAUGCAAAAUGCAUUCCCUACAUCAGCGAGUGUGUCCAGGGAGAAAUGGAGCGCAUGGGAGAACGUUACCGCUUGGCGUUGAAGGUGAUGAAGGAUCCUCGAAUCGAGUUCCUGCCGUGUCUUCACAAAGGAAUCUACGCUGACGACUGUCUCGUUCAGCGUGUUACACAGCACAAGUGUUAUAUAGUUGCAACUUGUGAUAAGGCCCUGAAACGAAGAAUAAGGAAGAUUCCAGGUGUGCCGAUCAUGAGUGUGGGAAAGCACAAGUUUGUCAUUGAGAGAAUGCCAGAUGCACCGCAGAUGUAGUAGAUAAGGUAACUUUUAAGAAGUAUUCAUGACAAAAUUAUCUAGUGAAAAUUGAUUAAAGUAAAGUACUUUUUCAGUUGUAUCACUAAAGAAGGUUGCGAAUACUAAUUUGCUGGAAAGUUUGUGAUGUAUUUUAAUAAUAAAUGUUGUUAUCACA